GCCAUGAAGUAUUCUCCAUUAACCAUUCUUUCUCUUGCCUUUAUCCUUCUAUCUUCGUCUUCAUCAUGGGCUGCAGCUUCUGCUGAAAAACAUGAAGCCUUUCUUCAAUGUCUCUCCCAUCACUCUGCAGAUAGUUCCUCAAUUUCCAAAGUCAUUUACACUCCCAUCAAUCCGUCUUAUUCUUCUGUUUUGAAUUUCUCCGUUCGAAACCUUAGAUUCUCAAGUGCUGAGACCCCAAAGCCACUCCUCAUCAUAACACCAUCAUAUGUUUCCCACGUUCAAGCAGCCGUCAUUUGCUCCAAAACCCAUGGCCUUCAAAUUCGAAUUCGAAGCGGUGGCCAUGACAUUGAAGGUCUUUCUUACGUCGCUCACCUCCCAUUCAUAAUCAUUGACCUAAUAAAUCUCAAGUCUAUCACCGUCAACAUUGAGAACAGUACUGCGUGGAUUCAGUCUGGAGCAACUCUUGGCGAACUCUAUUAUAACAUUGCUCAAAAGAGUCGAACCCUCGCAUUUCCAGCAGGUGUCUGUCCGACGGUCGGUGUUGGUGGGCACUUCAGUGGAGGUGGAUAUGGGUUGAUGCUGAGGAAAUAUGGUCUUGCAGCCGAUAAUGUGAUCGACGCUUACUUGAUUGAUGCUAAUGGGAAGUUUUACGAUAGAGAGUCGAUGGGGGAGGAUUUGUUUUGGGCUAUUAGAGGGGGUGGUGGGGGGAGCUUCGGAAUUGUGGUGGCGUGGAAGGUGAAGCUUGUUCCGGUUCCGGCAAUUGUGACGACUUGCUCAAGUGACAGAAAUUUGGAUGAAGAUACAAUCAAUCUAAUCCAUCGGUGGCAAUCUGUGGCUUACAAAUUGGAUGAAAAUUUAUACUUUGGCAUCAUUUUGGCUGGUGGGAAUGCUUCAACUGAAGGAGGAGUCAAAAAACCAAACCCAACAGCUACAUUUUUCUCAUUGUUUCUUGGAAAGUCAGAUGAGCUUAUGGCAAUCUUGAACACAAAUUUUCCAGAACUGAAUUUGGCAAAGAAAGAUUGCGUAGAAACGAGCUGGAUUGAAUCAACUCUUGUAGCGGCCACUAGGAAUCAAACUAUCGAGUCCUUGGAAUCUUUGCUCAAUAGAACACCUCUCACCAUCGAAAACACAAAAUUGAAAUCUGACUAUGUCAAGGAACCCAUUCCCAAGGCUACAAUUGAGGGCAUAUGGGAAAGAUUAAAAGCUCAAGAUAUAGAAGUGCCGCAGCUUGUAUUUGUUCCCUAUGGAGGGAGAAUGAGUCGGAUUUCAGACUCGGAAACUCCUUUUUCGCAUAGAGCUAGAAAUCUGUACAAAAUCGGGUAUAUUGUUGGGUGGAAAGAACAAAGCGUAAGUGCUGAAGAAAGACACUUGAGUUGGAUACGAGAGAUUUACGAUUACAUGACUCCUUUCGUUUCAAAAUCACCGAGGGCUACAUAUGUCAAUUACAGAGACCUUGACAUUGGAACAAAUAACAAGUACGGAAAAACGAGCUACAAGCAAGCCAGCGUUUGGGGAUCAAAGUAUUUUGGGAAUAAUUUUAACAGAUUGGUGCACAUUAAAUCUAAGGUUGAUCCGUCUAAUUUUUUCAAAAACGAGCAAAGUAUACCUCCUCUAUGACUUGGACGAGAAACAAAUAAUUCCGUAGUUUGUUAUGCAAAAUGUGCGAUGCCCCAUAUGUUGAUUAGUGGGGUUGCAUAAACAUCUGAUUUCUCGUUGAGAAUUAUACUUUAUUGAUCUGCAUU